UACCCCCACCCUUCCCUCCCCAGCUACCCCACCCUUUCUCCCAGCUACGCCCAACCCUCCCGCCCCAGCUACCCCCACCCUCCUCCCCCACUACCCCAAUCCUCCCCUCCCCACUUCCCCCUCCCCAGC